UUAUGUCAUUCAAUCAUUCAUUGCCACAAUUUUUCAAUGAAAGCGUAGGUAUUUAAAAACCACAAAAACUUACAAAUAACGCGAUUACAAGUUACAAAUGAUAUAAGAUUGUGUUAUUCAAAGUAAACACUUUUGUUGUUUUCGUUGUUAUAGUAUAAGUUGUAUCAGCAAAAUGUUAACAUAGUGUAAAUAAAAGAGCGAUUAACCUAUUUUGUUAAGGUUUUUCGCUGCCGGCCAUUCCAACCUCUAGUGUAAAGGGCCAAGUAAUAAACUAAACUUGUUUUAAAAACGAUGAAUACAACACAGACUUAUAAAAUGAAGGAGAAUACAACGGAGCACGGCGAUAAUAAAGCCAAAUCUACGCCUAUCGCUAUGGUGGCACCAGAACUGAAACAGAAUGCGGAUGCUGACACAGAAAUAACUAAAGCCUGUGCUGUGUUGGGAUGUGAAGACUUCAAGAAUUUGGAUGCUGAGUCUUUCUUUAGGUUUCCAGAAGACGCAAACCUGAGACAGAUUUGGACGGACCUGACAGGUCGCAACAACUGGACUCCAACGGACUACUCGUAUAUUUGUAUGCAACACUUCUCCAUCGACUGCUUCAAGUGUGAUGAGAAUGACCAGAUGGUGCUAGUUGAUAAAGCUGUUCCAUCUCUUAAGUUACCUAGACAUGUUUUAGAGGUUGAAUACAUAGAUGAGGAAACCCUGGACAAUGAAGAAGACGAUUACAUGUCUACUGAUGAGGAUGAAGAGAAACAAAACAAUACUUCCUUAGACCUGAACAUACCUCAGAAAGAACUAGAUAGCAUUGAGCUGCUCAAACUAUUCUCUGAAGUCCAAAGGCUGCAAAGACAGGCAGUGGGGCUAAAGGACAAACUUAAAUACAACAUGAAGGUACAUAACAGACAGAACAGGUUCCUGAAGAGAAUAAAGGAAAUUAUUGAGAUGAAGAAGAAGGUGUUGAACCAGAAACGCAAGAAAAAGUGCAGGAUCCUCCUGUCCUUACAAGAUAAAAUUAAGGAGGACACAACAGGACUGGUGCUUGCCAUGCCCAUGCGACAGACAGAAGACUUGAAAAACUUCGCCCUAAGCAUCUACAAAUACUCCCCACAAGCCUACAUUUACAUUAGGAACACGUUACGAACGAUGUUGCCAAGUACUGAGAUUCUAGAUGCAUGGAUCACCGCGGGUUACCAGCCUAAAAAUGUUAUUUCCAAUAGCAACCUGAUAAAAGUGGUUGCUGAACAAACAGAGACACAACUUUCAUGUAAAGUUAUGAUAGGAUAAUAAGUGUAAAUCACGGAAAUAUUGUUUUUUAAAUAAACUAGGAAUUUUACCAAUUUA